UUGAGAAUUUGAGAAUUUCCUUUUUCAAAAUCCUGGAAAAAAAGAGUUGGAUUCUGCGUAGCCCUCCACCGUUACUUUAUUGUUUCUCCGCCUCAGCAGAUUCCCUCGUUCCUAAACUUUCAGCUAUCUCUCUCUACUCUCUUACUUUUUAGUUUUUCCCUUCAAUUCCUUUCCAAGCCAAGAAUCUCUCUUCCCCUCUAAAACUCUUUCCUUUCUCUCUCAGAGAUUCCCUCCUUUCCUUUUUCAAUCUUCCAUCCACUAUUAACGAUGUCUAUUACAUUCUCUCCCCCCUCUUUUCCUUUCUCUCCAAGACGUCACUUUCUCUCUCUCUCUCUCUCUCUCUUCCUCUUCAUCGUCCUUUUUCAUUUCCCUCUCCUUUCGCCUUCCCGAGAAACUCUAUACAUAGAGUUCGAUCCGCAUGGCUCCUUCUGGUAUCAACCACUUAUCUCAGCCGUGUAUUUACGGGGACGUUGGUUCUUCGUAUGCAGAUAGAAAGUCUCGCUUUAUGAGAUGGCUGUGUAAGCUUUUCAAGAGUGGGUCCGAUCGUGGUGGUGGUAGUGGUAGUAGCCAUCAUCCUCAGCUCGUUGGUGAGGAAAACAUGGCUUGGCGUGCACCGUUUAGAUCCUUGGAUGAUCGCGCUAGGUCUCAAAAGGAUAAAGAGGACUUGGAACGUGCAAUUGCACUCUCCCUGGCAGAAGAUUCCAAGAGAUCAAAUGGAUACAGAUGGCGGACAGAUGAUGACGAUGAUAUUUCUAGGGAAAUUCGGGAUGCCCUAAAUCCAAAUCCAUAUCCCCCCUUUGCCCCUACACCAUAUUAUCCCAGUAGAUGUGGCAGGAUAUGUGGUGGUUGCAAACGUGACAUAGGCUAUGGCAAUUAUCUGGGAUGCAUGGGAACGUUUUUCCAUCCAGAGUGCUUUUGCUGUCGUGCUUGUGGUUACCCAAUUACUGAGCAUGAGUUUUCUUUGUCAGGAAGGGACCCUUAUCACAAGUCUUGUUUCAAAGAGCUGAACCAUCCCAAAUGUGAAGUUUGCCACCAAUUUAUCCCAACAAAUUCUGCUGGUUUGAUCGAGUAUAGGUGCCAUCCAUUUUGGACUCAAAAAUAUUGUCCAUCACAUGAGCAUGAUAACACAGCUCGGUGCUGUAGUUGUGAACGUCUAGAGUCCUGGAAUGCAAGAUUCUAUUCUUUGGAAGAUGGACGGAGUUUAUGCUUAGAGUGCAUGGAAUCUGCCAUCAUGGAUACCGGUGAUUGUCAACCCCUUUACCAUUCCAUAAGAGAUUUUUAUGAAGGAAUGAACAUGAGGCUAGAUCAGCAAAUUCCCAUGCUUCUGGUUGAAAGACAAGCACUUAAUGAAGCCAUUGUUGGGGAGAAGAAUGGCCUUCAUCACAUGCCUGAGACAAGGGGUUUAUGCCUUUCUGAAGAGCAGACUGUCACCAGUAUUAGAAAAAGGCCGAGAAUUGGUGGUCACCGACUUGUAGGAAUGAGAACCCAACCCCAAAAGCUGAUUCGAAGAUGUGAAGUUACUGCCAUUCUUGUUCUAUAUGGUCUUCCAAGAUUACUCACAGGUGCUAUUCUUGCUCACGAGUUGAUGCAUGGCUGGUUACGCCUUAAAGGCUACCACAAUCUUAACCCUGAGGUAGAGGAAGGUAUCUGUCAGGUGCUUUCACACAUGUGGCUUGAGACAGAAGUGAUGCCAGUUGAUAAAAGCAUGCCAUCUACAUCAGCAGCUUCAUCAUCAUCAUCGUCAUCAUCAUCAAAAAAAGGUGUAAAAUCUGAUGUUGAAAAUAAACUGGGUGAAUUCUUCUUGCACCAAAUCGCCCACGAUGCUUCCCUAGCAUAUGGAGGAGGAUAUAGGGCUGCUCAGGCUGCUGUUAAUAACUAUGGUUUACGUAGUACUCUGGACCACAUUCGUAUAACCAGAAAUUUCCCAUUGUAAUGAAAAUAAAUGUUCUCAAUGGUUGUAUCUCCUCCUUCCCUAUGCCCGUUAAAGACACUGAUUGCUCCUCAAAAGAGUUGAGCUGAGAACAGAAGCUCGGAAAACACCCCCCCUUCAAUUUUCAUAGGGGGGGCAUACGUCCAAAAUAAGACUUCGUCUAAUAAUAUGCCUUUUUUACUUGAGUUGUAAAAGUAAAUGCGUAAAUCUUCUAUUUCAAUACUCUAUUGACAAUC